CCCCGGCCCCUGGGACCUGCCAUCCCUGCGGGCUGCUUUUUACCUUGUCGUGCGCACCUUUGCAAGGUCAGAUACACAGUUGCCUGCCCUGAGGGUUGCAGUUCAACAAAUUUAACUGCAGGAAACAGUAGUAAUAAUGAUUUAUCUGUGAACUCUACAAGUGAGAACAAAGCCAGUGAAGGUGGAAGAAAAUCCAGAAAUGUGUCACCUGACAGUGACCAGAACAAUGUAAUAUUGCAUGGUCUCAAGGCAGAAAACAUUGGUGUGAAUUCUGUCAACUUAACUUGGGAAGUGAAUGACACUGCUUCCAGCUACACCUACAGGAUAGAGGUUGCAAAUGGUACCUUUGUGAGAAACCUGACGUCUGAUGUCCCUGCAGUGGAAAUUCCUGACUUAAUCCCUGGGACACUGUACAGCUUCACCGUAAUUGUGGAAGGGAAUGAUACAGAAAUAGAAGGAGAAAGAUUGUCCAUAACAUUGUUCACAAAGCCCAGCCCAGUCCAUGAUCUCAAGGCACAAGACAUUGGUGUGACUACUCUCAACUUAACGUGGGCAACGAGUGACACUGCUUCAACCAACUACACGUACAGGAUAGAGGUUGUAGGUGGUACCUCUGAUAAAAGGAACCUGACCUCCAGUGUCACCAGAGUUGAAGUUACUGGCUUAACCCCUGGGAUGAAGUACCAGCUCACAGUAUUUGCAGCAGUGAAUGACAGCCAGACAGGAGAAGGAGUGCCCAUUGAUGUCUAUACCAAGCCCAGCCCAGUCCAUGAUCUCAAGGCACAAGACAUUGGUGUGACUUCUGUCAGCUUAACGUGGGCAACAAAUGACACUGCUUCAACCAACUACACGUACAGGAUAGAGGUUGUAGGUGGUACCUCUUAUAAAAGGAACCUGACCUCCAGUGUCACCAGAGUUGAAGUUACUGGCUUAACCCCUGGGAUGAAGUACCAGUUCACAGUAUUUGCAGCAGUGAAUGACAGCCAGACAGAAGGAGAAGGAGUGACCACUGAUGUCUAUACCAAGCCCAGCCCAGUCCAUGAUCUCAAGGCACAGGACAUUGGUGUGACUUCUCUCAACUUAACGUGGGCAACAAAUGACACUGCUUCAAACAGCUACACGUACAGGAUAGAGGUUGUAGGUGGUACCUCUGAUAAAAGGAACCUGACCUCCAGUGUCACCAGAGUUGAAGUUACUGGCUUAACCCCUGGGAUGAAGUACCAGCUCACAGUAUUUGCAGCAGUGAAUGACAGCCAGACAGGAGAAGGAGUGCCCAUUGAUGUCUAUACCAAGCCCAGCCCAGUCCAUGAUCUCAAGGCACAAGACAUUGGUGUGACUUCUGUCAGCUUAACAUGGGCAACAAAUGACACUGCUUCAACCAACUACACGUACAGGAUAGAGGUUGUAGGUGGUACCUCUGAUAAAAGGAACCUGACCUCCAGUGUCACCAGAGUUGAAGUUACUGGCUUAACCCCUGGGAUGAAGUACCAGCUCACAGUAUUUGCAGCAGUGAAUGACAGCCAGACAGAAGGAGAAGGAGUGCCCACUGAUGUCUAUACCAAGCCCAGCCCAGUCCAUGAUCUCAAGGCACAGGACAUUGGUGUGACUUCUGUCAGCUUAACGUGGGCAACAAAUGACACUGCUUCAACCAACUACACGUACAGGAUAGAGGUUGUAGGUGGUACCUCUGAUAAAAGGAACCUGACCUCCAGUGUCACCAGAGUUGAAGUUACUGGCUUAACCCCUGGGAUGAAGUACCAGCUCACAGUAUUUGCAGCAGUGAAUGACAGCCAGACAGAAGGAGAAGGAGUGACCACUGAUGUCUCUACAGAACCUGCCAGAGUGAAUUUCUUUCAGUGUGAACCAGUGGCCAAGCAAUCUUCUCUAAUGCUGAAGUGGGAGUGUCCUCCUGGUAAAAAUAUUGGCUUCAGAAUUAAAGUAUUUAAAGUAUUUAAUGUAACCUGGGAAAAAGAACUGGAUGCUCCAUCCUGCAUGGAAGAAAGCUCAAAGGAAACCUCCACAAUAGAAGAUCUGAAUUAUUUUAGCACCUAUAAUGUUACUAUUGCAACUCGUUCAGAUACUUCUGAGAGCCCUCCAGUGCAGAUCACGUGUAACACAAGCAUUACUGACCCACCUGCACCAAGCAAAGCUCCUUUUGUCAAGGCAGUCAGUCACAGCUCAUUGUCUGUUGAAUUCUCUGAUUUUGAGUCAGUGAAUGGACCAUUAAAAGCCUAUGCAGUAAUGAUCACAACUGAGGAGCAAGAAGGUUUUGAGUCUUUGAAAGCUAAAUUGAACAACACGUACAAGGAUUUCAAGGAGAAGCUGACAGUCACCUAUGUAACAUAUGUCAUGGAUGCAGAGCAGGCAGGCACAGCUUUCCAUUCUCAGGAUGGUGCAAAUGUCGUUGAUGUGGGCAAUGGAAACACAAUGUAUGGCUAUGAAAAUGGUCCCCUGAUGCCACUGGGUUCCUACAGGGCAUGUGUUGCAGGAUUCACUAAUAUAACCUUUACCACGGCCAGGAUCAUUGUGGGGGAAGAUAGUUAUGUGUCAUUUACACCUUGCUCUGAGGCUGUUUUCCUACCCCAGGAUCCAGGUGUAAUUGCUGGAGCUCUUAUUGGAUCCCUUUUAGCUGUAUUGGCUGUAGUUGCUAUAGGAGGUUUCAUAUUCUGGAGAAGGAAAAGGAAAGAUAAAAGAAAUACUGAAGUGUCCUUUUCUCCAAUUAAAGUCAAGAAAUCAAAAAUGAUUAAAGUGGAGAACUUUGAGUCCUACUUUAGGAAGCAGCAAGCUGACUCCAACUGUGGUUUUGCUGAAGAGUAUGAGGAACUCAAGUCUGCUGGUGUUCAUCAGCCCAAAUUUGCUGCUGAACUUGCUGAGAACAGAGGAAAAAAUAGAUACAACAAUGUCUUGCCAUAUGAUAUUUCUCGUGUUAAACUUUCAGAUCACAACUCUCCAACUGAUGAAUAUAUUAAUGCAAGCUAUAUUCCUGGCUAUAACUCAAAAAAGGCAUUUAUUGCUGCACAGGGUCCUUUAUCCAAUACUAUAGACGACUUCUGGCGUAUGAUUUGGGAAAAAAAAAUCUACUCUGUUGUUAUGCUGACAAAAUGUGUUGAACAAGCUCGGACAAAAUGUGAGCAAUACUGGCCAGACAAACAGUCCAAGACCUAUGGUGACAUUACUGUUACAAUAGUCUCAGAGAUUGUCCUUCCAGAAUGGACAAUAAGGGACUUCACUGUAGAAAAGUCCAACACAGCAGACAGCCACACAGUGCGACAGUUCCACUACACCUCCUGGCCAGAUCAUGGAGUGCCAGAGACAACAGACCUGCUCAUCAACUUCAGACACCUUGUACAUGAGCACAGCAGUCAAAAUCCAAUUGACUCCCCUAUUCUGGUGCAUUGCAGUGCUGGCGUCGGAAGGACGGGGACGUUCAUUGCCAUUGACCGCCUGAUCCAGCAGAUGGAGAUGGAGAACACUGUGGAUGUCUACGGGGUGGUCUAUGAGCUUCGCAUGCACCGACCCCUAAUGGUGCAAACUGAGGACCAGUACGUCUUCCUAAACCAGUGUGUUGUGGAUAUUAUUAGAUCCCAGAAAGAAAAGAAAACUGAUCUUAUUUACCAAAACAUGACAGCAAUGGCAAUCUAUGAAAAUUUCACACCUGGAACAGGCUUUGGAAAGGCCAAUGGCUACCAUGCAUAGCCUGGGAGGAACACGGGGUCUCCAGGAGGUGUUGCCUGCACAUAAAAAAGGGAGAUGUUCCACUUCUCUUUUCCAGGAUUGUGUGCAGUGUCUCACAUCUGGCUUCUCCAGUUCUGUCUGUAUUCGAAGAGGUGAUCUACAGGAGGAAAAAAGCAAAGCUGUCAGGAGCUGCAGAUUGAUAUUUAAAAACCAAGCAAAAUUAUUUAAAGUUAACAGAGGAAUCUUGCUUUUUCUUGGGAAAUUAACAGUGCUGAUAGGUGAAAUAGCAUUUGCAGUAAGAACAAUGAACAAGAAUUUAAAUAUUAAAAUAAUAACACGCUUUUUAUUACAAUUUUAUAUGAUUUCAUUUUACAGACAGCAGACUUGGGGGGCUACUUUAAUAUAUUUAAUUAUAAGUUUCAGGAACAUGUUUUAUCUACUGUAUCUGGUUACUUAGCUGAUAGAUAUGUGCCUCCGUGACUUAUUUUUUGUGUUCCUUUUUAUUUAAAAAAAAGGAGCACAAACAGCUCCUUCAGAUGGACAUUUAUACUUGGAAAUUGUGCCUUUUCUAGUUGCUACUCUAGAAAAAAAAAAAAACAGCAAAGAUUUUAUUUUUGUACUGAAACUCUUAAUGAGAACACAGAUUUUUAAAUAAGGCUUAUGUCAAACGUAACUGUAGUUGCACUGUUGGCAGGACUCUCCAGAAGUUUGGAGGUGAGCUUUGUUUUUGCAUUUCACCACAAAUAUCCCCUGCCUUAAUGUUUCAGUGCCUCUGCUAGAGGAAAAGGAGUGUGGUGUCACUCCAAGCUUUAACUAUUGUAAAAAAAACUGAGGAAGUGAACAUGUGAAUGUGUGUGGGGGGGUGUGAAGGACAGAAUAGCUCCUCCCUCUUCCUGGCUGAGAUUCCUGGUUUUAUACAAUUUAUAAUGAUUUAUUUAAAGGUGCAAUAUAUGAUUUACUGAAUAAUGUUCACUCUAUUCUAAUAGAGUUCUACUCAGGUUGGUGUCUUUUUAUCAUUGUUGUUGUUUUUUCUCAAAUAUAUAAAUCUGUGAAGAUGUUGAACUAAGGUUCCAAGUGUCCAAGCACUCCCAAACAGAUUGACUGGCUUUACUGUUCCUACCAAAACAAAUUGUACAAAAAUCUGCUGUAAAGACCAAUUUCUCAGUUGUUUUAGCCAUUCAAAACUGAGACAUAUCUUACCUGCCUGUAUCUCAUUAAUCUAAUGUAAUUGUUUUAUAAUUAUUUGUAAUAUACUGCUGCUGUUGUUUUAACUGUUCCUUUUCAAAACAGAGCAAACAAGCAGAAAAAAACCUAGUUGCUGAUUUUACAAGUCAGGGAUUAGAUUGGAUUUAUUUUGGUGGUACAUAACUGUUUGAUUUAUGAAGGCAUUACCAUUGAAGGACUUCUCAAGUAGCUUGGGGGGGUGGGUGGGUGUUGAAUUUUGUAUGAUUGCACUGGUUGCAUUGCAGAGGAAUAUGAAGUUUAUGAAUAAUGCUAUAGAAUAGCUAUAAUAUAGUGGUGAAAAUCUUAUGAAGGUUUAAUAACCAGAGUCCCUGGAACUCUGCUGCUUUUUUUGGCUUUUGUUUUAGCACAGUUGUCAGAAAAAGAUCCUGCAGAUCCUAGAUACUAUGUGGCAUUACAGUGGAACGUGGGGACCUUGCAGAAUCCACUGUCAGCUGAAGGAAAAUGUAGGAGUACCCUGUGUACAGCUGUAACUUUACAGAUAUCCAGAGGAAGUUACCAGGGUGUGAAAUUGUGGUGUGCUUUGUGAGCAAAACUGGAGGACAAGCCACAGUGUGCUUCGUCUUGGGUUUUGGGUUUCUUUUGUUUUGGUCUUUGGUUUUGUUUCGUUUGUUUGUUUUGGUAGCAGCCACUUGUACAUUCUUGGAUAUAUUUUUCUCUCUCUCUGAAAUGCUUUUUUUAAAGUUAGUAACUCCAUCCAAACUGUAAUUUUCUACUACCUUGUGGAUCUCCUUGGUCAAAAUAACUUGAAUUCCUGCACAUAUUUUUUCCCUCUUCUGAUGUUCUCAGAGUUAUGAUUGCUGAGAUCUGUCUCUCUGGUCAGUGUUUCCUCUUCCUGUUGCUUAUUUAAAGCAAUCCACUCUUCAGGCUGAAAGCUCCACUGUGUGGCAGUUAAAUCUCCUGCAUUUCUGUGCUACUCUUUUUCCCAUUUUGGGGCCUGCUUAAGAAGGGAAAAGUUGAUGCGUUUCAAGUAAGUGACUGUUGAAUUUCUUGAAAUGAUGUACAGAUUUUAAUGUUUUCAUAUUUGUUGUACAGGAAAUUUCAGCACAUGUCUAUAAUUUUCGAACGGUUUGAUUUGUUUUUAA